AUGACCACCGAUCAAGAAGUGGACGUCGCCUCGGCACCCGCGCCCGCGCUGCUGCCGACCGAUGUCGACUCGCGCGAGCGCAUCCCCGGCAGUCCACUGGUGCCGGGCGGCGUGACGUGGUCCGAGGACGGGCGUCUGGCCGUCGUGUCGGACUCGAGCAUCCUGGUCGCCACGUUCCGCAGUCGCGAGCUCGAGAUGUUCCAGCCCGAGGGCCCCGCCGUGUCCAAGGACUUCGUGUUCCUGCCGGAGCGCACGCCCAACGAGCACAUCCCCGUGGCCGUCCCGCCCAACAUGGAGGCGCUGGACGCGGGGCUGCCGCGGGCCAGCACCACGUACUUCCUGCUCAACGAGGCCGACCGCCACCAACACAACCCCAAGGAGCUGUCGCUGUCCAAGAACACGGGCGCCGCCUUCGUGGCUGCAGUGUGGGGGCCUCGGGGCUCUGCGCCGAGUAACGCCUGCGCCCUAUUGGCGCUCACAGCCUCGUCCCGAGUCAGUCUGCACUUCCCUCCCAGCUUCCACAUGAACUGGAAGGAGGUCGCGGUGUUUUCCGAGGACCUGUUCAAGUUCUUGGAGCGGAAGAGCUUCCGGUUGGGGCCGACCCACGACGAGAGGCUCAACCACCUGCCGCCCAGUGUGGCGAUGGCUGCACCGAGGGGGGACAAGUCCGGCAAGAACAAGAAGAGGAAGCUGGACCCGGAGGCAGGACACGCCGCCUUGAACUCCGUGGCCGAGUACACUCACAGAUGCGCCAUGAUGUCGACGCUGAGUGUGGCCUGGUCGCCGUUUAUGCUGACGAUGGAUAAGCAGAACACAACGUCGCUUAUCGCGCUGUCCGGACGCAAAAUCUGCACCAUUUGGGCCUACGCGUAUCCGUCUUUCAUCGGGGGACAACAGGUUCUGCCGCUGCUGUCGGCGGCUCCGGUUGCGUGGAUUGAUACGGAAAAGUAUGGCUGGGUGUCCACCAGCACGUGGCAGCAGAUGCACCGACACAGUGCGCAGGAGAAGCUUGGGCUGGCAUUGGGGACGUCGGAAGGAAACGUGUUGAUCGCAAGUGUCCCUGUAAGAACACGCGCAGUGGACGAUACGCCGCUGGAGCUGGCAGUGGACCGCGUUAUUGUGACGCCGAGCUCUCAGCCAGUGUUUGGGCUCUGUAUGGGCAGUCGCUGGGCGUACUCGAACAGCCCCACGAACGAUUUGGUGGUUGCGUCGGGCUCGACGAUCUCGGUCUGGAACCUGAAGAAGAAGAAGCAGGCAAAGCCGAACGCCAAGUGGAAGGCGCAUGACGGCAAUGUGACGGGCAUCGACUUGAAUUUUUUCGGGGACAUGGUCUUUUCUGCUGCUGUAGACGGCACGAUCAAAGCGUGGGAGAAUAAGUACCCAGUGUUUGGGCUUGCGAUGUCGUCUAGCUCCGCGCAGUUGGCCUGUGUGUUCAUCAUCCCUCCGGCGUCUCGACCCAACCGCAAGUCACAAGCCGAUGUAUCAUACAGUCGCGUGUCGAGCUCGCUCGAGUACAUUCCGUCGCCGUGGGUGAAAAACCCGGGCCAGUUCGUGGACGUCGUGUGCCGUAUUCUGAACGAGAGUCAGUCGGUGAGCAGCUUCAUGGAUGUCGUGUGGUUCUGCUAUAACGACAACGCCGCGGUCACGUCGAUGAAUGGGUCCACGGAGCUGGUGAUCCCCGGCUUGUUGAACAAGAUCAAGACCUCCAUCGGUGGUGAGGCGAGCGACAGUGAAGUGCUUACACGUCGACCGGCGUAUCUGUAUCUCUGCGAGGAACUCGAAAAGCGCUACUACGAGGCUUCACCCACCUCCGAUGCUGCAGAAAGCGAUGCUAGGCCUUCCAUUCCGCUUUACCUGCAGGCGUCAAUGCUGCUACGUAGUGCGAUCACGCCUGCUGAUCAUCAAGUAGCAGCACAAAACGCAGCGCUCGCGAAAAUUCGUCGUACACUGGGUGUAUACUGGGCUGAGCGCUGUCUGGCGGCGCUGAUGGCAGCAUCUAAGAAGGCCGGGCAAGCUCUUCGCGAGUUCCUUGAGAGCUCCUCAUCUGAGAAGACGAGUGCGCUAGUGAUGGCCGACUUCCUCAGCGUUCAAGAACCUCUUGCAGCCCGAAGUGAAGCUCUCAUUACGCACAUCUACGACCAACUGGACCCACCCGAACAAGUCGCUGCGUGGAUCGCGUACGUGAAAGCAAAAGCUACUGCAAGCAGUGAAAUCGAGACUGCUGACGAGUCCGCCUCUCCAUCAACAGCACGUGUGCCACCACCUCGCGAGACGUGCUUCAUUUGCGAGAAGAGCGUUCCGUUUGGAGAGCUGGAGAUCGUGUGCGAGUCUGGCCACACCCUCGAGAGGUGCUUCCUCUCGUUCCGCUGCAUUUCCGCCAUGGAAAUAUGGAAGUGCAUGGGCUGUGGGGCGUCAGCAUCCGAAAUCGACUUGUCCAGCGGCACGUCGCCCUUUUAUUUAUUGGACUCAGAGGUGCAAGGCGAGGAGGAGGAAGAGGAGGACACAACCAGCUCUGCAGCCUCCGGGACGAAGAUCAUUUGUCGGCUAUGCGGCAGCUUCUGCGGCUUCUCCAAGUAUUGAACAGACCAAAAACAUACAUGUAGCUAAACAGACCGACUUAGUGGUAUUUUGAUUCAUUUC